CUGUUGUUCACUGACUGCCUCCAUGCAAGCAGACACCGGAGGACUCACUAUUUUUAUUUAACAUCGGUGGAGGGAAGGACGUUUUUACCUGUCUGGAUCCAGGCUAAGACUUUAAGACUUCAAAAUGCAGGGUCAUCUAGACAUGGAGGGAGCCCUGACUGCCAGAGACCGGGUGGGAAUCCAGGACUUUGUGCUCUUGGAUGAAACCACAGAAGCUGCUUUUAUAAGCAACCUAAAGAAACGGUUCAGCAAGGAUCUUAUCUAUACGUACAUUGGCACGUUGUUGGUGUCUGUCAAUCCAUACAAGGAGCUAGACAUCUUCAAUAAGAAACAGAUGGAUAUCUACAUGGGUGUCAACUUUUUUGAGCUUCCACCGCACAUCUACGCUUUGGCAGAUAACGCCUACCAGACCAUGCUGACAGAGGUCACCAACCACUUCAUCCUUAUCUCCGGCGAGAGCGGAGCAGGAAAAACAGAGGCUUCCAAGAAGAUCCUGCAGUAUUAUGCUGUCAGCUGUCCGAGCACCACUUUACUGGACACUGUCAGAGACAAAAUGCUCAUGUCCAAUCCCGUCCUGGAGGCCUUCGGAAACGCCAAAACACUAAAAAAUGACAACUCAAGUCGAUUUGGGAAGUAUAUGGAUAUUCAGUUUGACAGCCAGGGGGAAGCUGUUGGAGGCCAUAUCCUGAACUACCUGUUGGAGAAAUCAAGGGUUGUGCAUCAGAACCACGGGGAGAGAAACUUCCACAUAUUCUAUCAGCUAGUGCAGGGAGGAUCAGAUGACUUGCUUCAGCAGCUGGGCCUGGAAAGAGACUGCCAGCAAUACAACUAUCUAACACAAGGAGAGUGUGCAAUUGUUUCAUCAAUCAAUGACAAAAAUGACUGGAAGUCAGUGAAAAAUGCCCUGCAAGUCAUUGACUUUGAUGACAUUGACACCAGUCAUUUGUUUGGCAUUGUCGCAAGUGUUGUCCACUUGGGAAAUGUUCAGUUUGAAACUGACAGUAAAGGCUAUGCUCUCCUGAACAACAACACAGAACUGCUCUGGGUUUCCAAUCUGCUUGGUGUGGAUGCCCAAAGUCUUCAGGAGGAACUUACAUUCAGGAAGAUUGAAGCCAAAAAGGAGCAGGUCCUCAGUCCAUUCACAAUUGAUCAUGCCAUCUAUGCCAGAGAUGCGCUUGCUAAAGCGAUCUAUGGACAGACUUUCACCUGGCUGGUCAACAGGAUCAAUGAGUCCAUGGAGAACAAGGAUUCUUCACCAAAAAGUGUUAUAGGGCUUUUGGACAUAUAUGGAUUUGAAGUUUUCUAUGUAAACAGUUUUGAGCAGUUCUGUAUAAACUACUGCAAUGAAAAGCUGCAGCAGCUUUUUAUCCAGCUGACACUCAAGGCUGAGCAGGAUGAGUAUGAAGCUGAAGGAAUUGAGUGGGAACCCGUUCAAUUCUUUAACAACAAGAUCAUCUGUGACCUGGUCGAGGAAAGACACAGAGGAAUCAUAUCAAUACUGGAUGAGGAGUGCCUCAGGCCAGGAGAUGCAACAGACAUCACCUUCCUGGAGGAAUUGGAAGAAAAGAUGGGAAAUCAUCCCCACUUUGUCACGCAUAAACUGGCGGACAAAAUGACCCGUAAGACUCUGGAGAGGGGAGACUUCCGUCUCUUGCACUAUGCCGGGGAGGUCACAUACUGCGUUGUGGGUUUCCUGGACAAAAAUAAUGACCUGUUGUACAGAAACAUAAAAGAUCUGAUGUGUCAGUCGAAAAACUCCAUAGUCAAAGCACGCUUCUCCUCCAUGGAUCUGGACAACAAGAAAAGACCAGAAACAGUAGCAACUCAAUUCAAGAGCAGCCUGCUGAAGCUGACAGAGAUGCUGACGGCAAAAGAGGCCUGGUACAUACGUUGUCUGAAAUCUAACGAGUCCAAGCAGCCGGGCCAGUUUGACGAGGCCCUUAUCAGGCACCAGGUGAAGUAUCUGGGCCUAAUGGAGCAUCUCAGAGUCAGAAGAGCUGGUUUUGCUUACCGACGCAAAUAUGAGGUCUUCUUAAAGAGAUACAAGCCUCUUUGCCCAGCCACCUGGCCACACUGGAGGGGAGGGCCUGCUGAUGGAGUCCAAGUACUGGUUCAACAUCUGGGCUACCUGCCAGAUGAGUACAAAUUGGGGCGCACCAAAAUAUUCAUCCGUCAUCCCAGGACACUUUAUGCCACAGAGGAUGCUUAUGAGAGGUGUAAACAUGAACUUGCCACACGACUUCAGGCCAAAUACAAAGGAUACAAAGCAAAGGGACAGUACCGGAAACAGAGGGAGGCUGCCACUAAGAUUGAAACUGUUUGGAGAGGCAUGCAGGCAAGGAAGGAGAGAGAGAAGAGAACUUGGGCUGUAAAGGUCAUCAAGAAAUUUAUCAAAGGUUAUAUGACCAGAGGACAAGCAAAAACCACUGAUAACUCUGAGUACUUGGCUUUUGUGAGGCAAAGUUACUUGAACAGACUUAAAGACAAUCUGCCAAAGACGGUUUUGGAUAAAACCACCUGGCUAACUCCACCAGCUGUGCUGACGGAGACAUCGGAGAUACUACGCACGCUCCACUGCCGUCUGCUUGUGCGGAAAUAUGUAAGAGGAAUCACACCUCAGAAGAAAGCCCAACUUCAGCUGAAGGUGGCUACCAGCUCCGUCUUCAGAGGUAAAAAGGACAGCUAUCCACAGAGUGUCCCUCAUCCUUUUGUGGACACAAGAAUCAGUGACCAAGAAAUGAAUGCAAGAGUUCUUCAGAUGAUUCACAAUGAACACAUUAAGUACAGCGUUCCAAUAAUUAAAUAUGACAGAAAUGGCUUCAAACCGAGGCCCAGACAGCUCGCCCUCACUCAGAUGGCUGCCUAUGUAAUAGAGGAGGCCAAGAUCAAACGGAGAGUGCUGUUCACCUCUCUCAAAGGGAUUUCAGUCAGUAACUUGACUGACAGUAUCAUUGUAUUCCAUGUAACAUGCGAAGAUCCCAAACAAAAGGGGGAUCUGGUCAUGCAGUGUGACUACUUGUUUGAGUUUUUGGCCAAACUCAGUGUGAUUGCUAACAAGCAGAACGCAAUCCAUGUGGUUCAGGGCAGUAUAAAGAUUGAAAUCCAAGCAGGGAAAGAGAGUGCAGUGGAUUUCAGCAAUGGGGAAGAGCCCAUGGUAUACAAAGCCAAGAAUGGACACCUGAUGGUGGUGGCCACUCGGGCAAGGACACGGUAAAGCUUGGCCUUUAGGAACAGAUAUACAGGUAGCUCCUGCAUAUUUCAUCGGGAGACCCCAUAGGAGAGGAUCAGGAUGUCUGCUGGAUGCAUAUCUGACCAGAACCAAAUGUAGCCUUUGAGGAACCAAGGAUGUUGGACAUAAA